AUGUUGUCCUUGAGCGGUAGAAACGGGCUCUAUAGGCUAAUUUAUUCAUCUAGUUCUCGGCUUUCAACUUCACAGCCAAGCGAACCUUCAAAAGUUCCUAGUUCUGAUGAGUCCGUCCCAUAUAAACCGUACAGCCCUUUUCCGAAGCCACAAGGGAAACUAGAUUAUGUUCUCACACGGCUUGAUGAUUUGGCAGACUGGGCUAGAAAAAACUCAAUAUAUCCCCUCACUUUCGGUCUUGCAUGUUGUGCUGUUGAAAUGAUGCAUAUCGCUGGGCCUCGUUAUGAUAUGGAUCGUUAUGGUGUUGUUUUUCGAGCUAGUCCACGUCAAGCUGAUCUUCUCAUUGUCUCUGGCACCGUGACUAACAAGAUGGCCCCAGCUCUUCGCAGAAUUUUCGAUCAAAUGAAUCAUCCGAAAUGGGUUAUUUCAAUGGGCUCGUGCGCUAAUGGUGGUGGUUACUAUCAUUAUUCAUAUAGUGUUCUACGUGGCUGUGAUCGAGUUAUCCCGGUUGAUAUAUACGUACCAGGUUGUCCUCCAUCUGCUGAAGCACUAAUGUAUUCUAUAUUACAAUUACAAAAGAAAAUUAAAUCGUCAAAACCUGUUAAAGCAUGGUAUAGAAGAUAA